AUGAGGAGUAUAAGGGGUGUUUGCUGCUUUUCUAGUUUAUACACAACCCAAUUUAGAGUACAUGCAACAUAUGACGUAGCUCCAUUGAGCCACAAAGAGCUUUUUUCGAUUUAUCAGAAUUGGGACAAAACACGUGAUGAAUUGGAUCUUUUGGAAGAGGUGGAAGAAAGAAUUUCCAAAUGGAAACUUAAUAAAUGGGAAAUGCGAAUUCCUCCUCUACUUACUGCACGUGAAAAAGAGUUAAUGCGUCAACAACAAGAACUACUUAAGAGUAUAUUUUUUGACUGGGGAAAGUGUCGAGAUGCGUUAAACAAGGAUCUUGAAUUGAUUUCCUCCAUUACUGGAUUACCAAAGGGAACAGUUAGAGAAAAGAAUCGGGCAUGGCUUCAAGAAGAAGCGGCAAAACUGCGUUGGGUAGGGGAAGUUAGCAAGGCAACUCGAUUGCGUGACGCUUUUUUGCGUUUAGAAGUUUAUGGAUCAAGGGAUCACAGACUUUUAGAGAGACUAUGCUGCAUUUAUGGACUUGGCUUACAGGGCUCGUUUGAGAGUGCGUUUUCAAACUACAUUGUGGAGGAUCCUAUCACCAAAAAAAUAUACGUUGAUGAAAAAAAUUCAUUUCGUGAUCUUCUAGCCUAUAUUAUUCAUACAUAUCCUCAAAUUGAUAUCAUAUAUGAUUUUCUUGGGUUUAACUUUAUUGGGGGAUAUCGUUCAUCGCUGCGUCGUUACCUUGAGUGUAUGGUUUCCCGAUCGACAGAGGGGGAAAAAAUACCAGGUCGUUUAGUAUUUGGAAGAGGAAAACCUGCUGAAAUUCUUUUUGAUUUUGGUAAUAGCAAUGAAUCAUUGGUUUCUGGCGAAUGCACACAAGGUUUUCCCGAUUUUGUUUUUGUAAAGGGAUCAGAUAUGACCCUUAUUAUUAUUGCGUCGGAGAACUCAUGGCUCCGAAAUCGUCAGUUGCCCCAUAGAAAACAGAUGGAAGGUAUUGCAAGGCGUGCUAGUUUUGUUUUGGGUAUCCCAUUUUCGGAGGUGCGUGUUCGAAACCUUCUUUUGCCCCCGACUUACCUUGACAAAGAUUCUAUUGUUCGAAUCAAUGAGGCGGUUCUUGGGUUAUCAAAGGAAGAGCAGCGAAAUUUGGCUCCCUGGCUGGAAAUGUAUCAGAAAGAGUUGGAUUCCAAAGACGUUGAUUUUUGUUCUUUGAUGAAAUCAACAAAUGAGGAGGAGUGGCUUACAUUGUAG